AUGAACAGCUUCCGGUCGACGGUGCCGCACCGGGCGCAUGGCCAUGGCAGAGGCGACGAGGCACUUGGCCACGAGCGCGACGAGGCCCAGGACGGCCGCGACGUGGCGGAUGCAGGGAGCGCCGCGCACCGACACCUUGAUUCAACCACGGCCAGCUUCCGCCUGCGCUCACCAGCCGUACCGAUGGGCUCCGCCCACGUCCUCGCCCACGCCCACGCCCACGCCAACGCCAACGCCCACGCCAACUCGGCCUCUGCCUCUGCCUCUGCCUCUGCCUCUGCCUCGACCUUCCAGGCUCCUCCUCCCUUUUCAUCUCCUGGCCGCAACACCACCGCCGGCAUCAGCAACACGGGCAGCGGCCUUCAUCACCGCAAUCGCAACCACGACGCCGCCGCCAGCCCGCCCGUCCCCUCGCCCCCGAGGCUGUCGCCGCUGCUGCUCAACUCGGUCGCCCACCACCGCGGCAGACAUCGUCACCGCGGCCACGCUGGCCACGCUCACGCCCGCUCCCACGGCCACGGCCACGGCUCUGCAGCCGCCGCUGCCGCCGGUAUAGCAUCGUCGCCCUGA